AUGCCAGGUUAUGUGAUAUGCGAGAGAGUGUUCUGGGCUUUUGGUCCAUCAAUUGAAGGUUUUCAACAUUGUAGGUCAGUGAUUAGUAUAGAUGGAACUUUCCUAUAUGGUAAGUACAAAGGUACGUUAUUGAUUGCAUCAGCGUGGGAUGGUGACAACAGACUUUUUCCACUUGCCUUUGCCAUUGUGGAGAAGGAAACUGAUGAUAGUUGGUAUUGGUUUUUGCAUUGUAUUCAGAUUAAUGUCACUAAUCGGGAAGGGUUAUGUGUCAUAUCUGAUCGUCAUCCUGGUAUAAUGGCAGCGAUAUGGACUAUAUGUCAAUCGACACGUUGGUAUCAUCGUUUUUGCCUUCGCCAUGUGGCUAGCAAUUUCAAUCAACAAAUUGGGAAUAAAAACUUGAAGGCUAUGGUAAUGUGGGAAGGCAUGGAGAAUCAGUUACGAAAGUAUCAAAUCAUCAGGGAUAGAAUUACUCAAUUAAGUGCAGAUGGUAAGAAGUAUUUAAGGGAAAUACCGGUGGAAAAAUGGACGUUAGCAUAUGAUGGUGGACAUCGUUAUGGGGAAAUGACCACAAAUUUGUCUGAAAGCUUCAACGGAAUUCUAAAGAGUGUUAGAAAUCUGCUCAUAACUACAUUAGUUGAACUUACAUACUAUAGUUGUGUUGCCUACUUUGUCGAUCGGUAUACUAAGGCAUGUGCAGAGGUUACUGCCGGUGAACGCAUUACGGCCUAUGCAAAGAAUAAAUUCAAUAAAUGGGAAAAAAAGGCACCAAAGCAUUCAGUUACUGUGUUCGGUCAUGAAGAUGGUUUGUUUGAAGUCAGAACACCAAUAAACCCUAACUCUGCAUAUAGGGGUAAUUAUUGUCAUGAGGUAAAUUUGAGGCAGAACACUUGUAGUUGUCAAAAAUGGCAGGUUUGUAAGAUUCCGUGCUCACAUGUCAUUGCCGUGUGUAAAUAUCAAGGCAUCUCUACAAUGCAAUAUAUCGACCGUUGCUACCAUUUGGAAGAACAAGUUGCUUGUUAUGCACCUAGAUUUCGCACGGUUCCAGACAGUGUACAUUGGAAUGAGCCUAAUUUCCUGGUCUUGUAUCCUAAUGUCAAGCUGCGCCGUGAAAAAGGUCGACCAAGAACAACUCGGCUUCGAAAUGAAAUGGACGAAGGGGUAAAGCAUCAACCAAGGCCAUUGUGCAGUCUCUGUAGGCAAGAAGGCCAUAAUAGAGGAACAUGCUCCACUCGAACUGUGGCUGGCUCCACUAGUGGCUAA